UCCAAGUGGUCCUUGGUAUUCAAAGCCUGUGGAUCUUGGCGAUUUCCUGACCUUCCAUUUGACUUUCCAUUCGCAUAUGAGUUAUGCUUCCUGCAGUCCUUCCACAGAAAGCAUUUUCUCGUCAUCCACCCAUCGUCGUCUCAUCGCCGGCAGACCACUUUGAUCACGUAGCCUCCGAGCGGCGACGUUCCUCUUCCAUUAAACCAAAAAGCUUGCAGCAGCUCCUUCCUGCGACAGCAUCUGACAGGCCAAAAAAUGCCCCAAAGCUGUCCAAUACAAAUUCUUCGCUCCUGCAAGUACCAGACUCCCGGCGUCAAGCUCAUCGUCGCAGCAUAACUUGCAGCUUAGAUACCACUGGCUUUUGCCAAAGUCAGGGUCCCUCACCUGCAGAGGUGGACCCACCUUUCGAUGCAUCCCUUCGUAGACGGCGCGCAUCCUCUGCUUUACCAAGUACAAAGGCCAUGAUCGCAAGGGAGGCUGGGAUGUUUGGAGAUAUAGUAAAUGUAUUAGGCGAAGGCCAGUUUUACGACAAUGAAAGCUUGACUCGAAAUUACUUCACACCGCCUGUGACGAGCGUUGAAUCCGUGACAUCUCCCACUCUGACGGAUAAGAAUAUACAGCCUCCAUUGACAGGACAUCUGCCAAAAGUUAAGCGUCGUGCAACAAUUGGCCAUGGCGGUGAUAGACGAGCGGCAUUGCAGCAACACCUUAUUGGAGCCAAGCAUGCGGCAUUCGAUGCUGCGUCCGAGCUGAGUGUUAAAAAGCUCCGGGCGGAUGUCGCACGCCUUGACGUAGAUGGAAUCCUAGCUGGAAAGUACGAUAAGCAAUUUGAACGAAUUUUGCACAAAAUGAAAGGAAGCAGUACACAAGAAUCGACAUCCCAUGAUGACGACUGGGCUAGUAGUUCCGCAGUGACAUUGCGAGAAGCGGAUGUGUCGGGAUCUUUGGCUACAAGUCCCUCGAUCAGCGUCAACAACAGUGCCACAACUCUUCCGCGAGCGCGGAGUGGGCGAAUCGAAUCUCUGCGUGCAAGGCAGAAUUGGACUUACGCCAUUGGCACAGUUCGCAAGAUCCUUCGCGCGACUCUUAUUUUCCGGGCAUCCAAAAAUAGGGGAAAGGAUCAAGACAAUGAUGAAAGCCAAAAUGAACCAACGUCGGCUAUGGCGGCCCUAUUCCAAUUUACAACCGCGACAGCCAACGCAAAUUCCGCUCUUCCCUCUCUCCACUCCCAUCUGACGUCCCUAAAUCUCCGAGACACAGCCGCCAUAACUUCAAAGAUUGCCAGUUUAAUUCAAAUAGCCGCCGCAGAACGGACCGCUAAGCAAGAAAGUAGACUUGACACAAUGCUCUGCCGCUGUCUUCCAAUGACAUUUGCCAAACAUAGCAAACGAGUACGUCGUGAAAUGGCUCACAUCGCAAGAUUCGAAAGAGUGGGCGAGGGCCGAGUGGUUGUGAAAGCUGGGCAUCAUGCUUGGAACUACUUUUACAUAUUGAGCGGGACGUGCUUAAGCAACAAGAUUUCUGAUUGGGAGAGCGUCCCUGAGAGGCGGAGCUCCAUCGCAAACAACCUCCUUUCUGACCGCCCUAGAGGACACAUCCAACGUUAUUUGAAUCCCGGAGCUGCAUUCGGCGAAUAUGCACUCUCACAGUCCACAGACCUUCGGAGCGAAACAGUCACCACCUUGACACCUUGUGAGUUUAUACGAAUAGAGAGGGAGGACUAUCUGGCCCAUCUCGCGUCUCAGGAUGUGGACCCAAGCGCGCUGCACAACAGAAUAUCCUUCUUAUCAUCACUUCCUGUCUUCCGGCGAACCAGCAAGGAAGUCAUUGUGCAACUGGCCAAGGCUGCAAAGGCAGUUCGAUUCGAGGUAGAUACUACCGUCGUAGCGCCUUACGAAAGAGAUUUGAUAGUUUUCUUGAUGAGAGGACAAUGUAAAGCUGUUCGAAUCGUUGACAUGAUGGACGGGAACAUCGUUUCCAAAGAUCCGGAAACCGCUGCACGUCAAGUUUCGCAAGAAGAAGAUGACACACCUGGCCCGCCAAGCGUUCACACGAUGCAAAGUCCAGCAGUUGUUUCCAUCGGCAACUUUUACCCUGGUGAUUACUUUCCCCGUCUCCAUCUUGAUCGCUCCGAAGCUGUAACCUACCGCAUGCAUAACAUCUCCGCCGCCAAACUACAACUCCUUGUCUCCACAUCGGAGAGGAGGAUUUCGGUGGUAGAAGCGUUACAAAACCAGAACCAGCCUGUCAUCUCCAAGGCGGGGUCGGCUGCGGCAGGACUGGAUCUUUCUGCAAUCGCAAUGCAACCAUGCGACUGUUUGUGUAUACCUCGGUUGGACCUUGUUGGCAUUUUGGAUGAAGAUACCCUAAAAACACUGAUGAGCCCCGACCAUGAAGGGAUUUUGAGUGUACCUGUGAGCGAGCUUCAGCGUAAACUCUUGAAAAAAGAGGAAUGGGAUCACGUCCGCCAGAUCAUCUUGGACAAAGACAUUUCCCGACCCAGACGUGGGCUAUAAGAUACCAUUUUUGCAUUUAGAAUGUACAUUAUUUUUCUUUCUAACUAUUCACAAUUUUCACGCUAUGUCAUGCUGUUCAUAGCGGUACUGGGCUUUUUCUCUAUGUUUACAAUAUACUCACCAAAGUUAGCCAACCCAGAGUCG